CGCCGGGAAAUUGCGAUAUAUCCACGCUGUUGGACAACAACAAAGUCGAGCGCGAAAGCUUUCAGUGAAUUCAACGCAAACGCAGUGUACGAAGACAGGCAGGCAGACCCACAGGCGUUUUUCAGGCGAUCAAGUCCACAUCACACUCGAAUAUACAAAGCGAAAUAAUAACUUACUAUGUUCCACUUUAACAAUACAGUUAUACAACUAUUUGCAUUUAUGCUACUCCUCUCACUGCAAAGUACGACCGCGCGAUCGCUACUUGACCACGAAGCACUGUCAAGCACGAGAGACCCUAGCAUUGUCACUGAGUUCCCACACGCUGUCAACGAGCUAAUUUUACACGAAUUGGACGAAUCUUUGUUGAAGUUGUCCAAUGUUUAUAUGCAGGCGCUCUUCUCCGGCACACACACCGCUGAGUUGGCGGCGCAGUUGGAUGCGAUGGAGCUGCGUUUCUACGAUUUGCUGGACACGCUUUACAGGGAGCAUCGCAUGUCGGAGUAUAUAAAUUAUAAGGACGAGGUUAAGCGUCAAAUGAUUGUCUACACUUUGCUGAAGAAGCUCUUUGGAUACGCGAACGUUGAUGAGUCCACGUAGGCAGUUGUUGAAGGUGGCGGAUGUAAGCUAUCAAAA